AUGGGUUGCUUUUCUUGCAUGUGGCCUCGACGUAAGGAUGUCAGAGAUUAUGAAGAAGACAUGACCCCUCGAUACACUGAUUCUUCAGGGGGUAAGAAAAAGGGAAAUUCUGCGAGAACAAAAGGUAAAGACGGAAAUGUAGCCCGCAGCUUCCAGUUCAAGGAGCUUGCGAUGGCGACACAGAAUUUUAGAGAUGCUAAUUUGAUUGGGGAAGGUGGUUUUGGAAGCGUUUACAAGGGCCGUCUGGACUCUGGCCUGAUUGUUGCUGUCAAGCAACUUAAUCAUGAAGGCCUUCAGGGGAAUCAAGAGUUCAUUGUGGAGGUUCUAAUGUUAAGUCUGCUGCAUCAUACCAAUCUUGUGAACUUAAUCGGGUAUUGUGCAGAUGGUGACCAGAGACUCUUGGUUUAUGAAUACAUGCCUAUGGGUAGCCUGGAGAAUCAUCUUUUUGAUAUCAAGUCUGGUCAGGAGCCACUUAGUUGGAGCAUAAGGCUGAAGAUUGCUGUUGAAUAUGCUAUGAGUGGGAAACUGACUCUAAAAUCUGACAUCUAUAGCUUUGGUGUGGUUAUGUUGGAGCUGAUUACCGGACGUAGGGCUAUUGACACCACUAAGAAGCCAGGAGAGCAGAACCUGGUUGCAUGGUCUCGUCCUUUUCUUAAGGACCGGAGGAUGUUUGUCCAAAUAGUGGACCCUCUAUUAGAAGGUUGCUUUUCAGUCCGAAGUCUGCAACAUGCAGUUGCAAUUACAGCAAUGUGUCUGCAGGAACAAGCAAAUUUCCGCCCUCUCAUCAGUGAUAUUGUUAUGGCACUUGAAUACCUAGCUUCUCAAGCAGAUAGCUCAGAUUCUCAUAAAGGCGGAUAUCAUGCUCGAACAUCGUCAUCACCAUCUCAGAUUGAGGGUAACCUAGAUAGUAGAAAAUGA